GAUACCGUAAAAACUCUAUUUUCGGAUAAUCAAUUUAAUCAAAAGCAUAGUUUAGGUGCCGUAAAUUCCAUUAAUUGGGCAAGAAUUUUAGCACAAAUUGUGUAUUAUUUUCAUUCGUAUUUUCAACUUUUUUCAUCGUUAAAUAUUUUGCCAAGUUCCCCUGAAGCCAGUAAUAUUCACCUUCAAUAUUGUGUUCCAACGGGUAAUUUUGGUGACAUAUUAGCUGGUUAUUAUGCUAAACGUAUGGGAUUACCAAUCGAGACACUAGUGGUAGCUACAAAUUCCAAUGAUAUUCUAGAUAGAUUUUUUAAAACGGGGAGAUAUGAAAAAAUUGUGAAUAGUGAAGGCGAUGAAAGAGGGAAACAAACAGUACAUGAAACUUUAAGUCCAGCAAUGGACAUUACUGUUUCAAGUAAUUUUGAAAGAUUGUUAUGGUAUCUUGCGUGUGAGUCCAUUGAUAAUAAAUCUAGCGAAGAAAAAACGAAUCUUGCAGGAUCAAUUGUGAAAAAAUGGAUGGAGGAUUUGAAAUCCAAACAGUGCUUAAUUGUGGAAAAGGCACAGUUGGAAUUGGCAUUACGAGAUUUCAAAAGUGCUGGGAUAUCUGACCAAGAGACAAUGGAAACGAUCCGUCGUUAUUAUGCACCACAAGACUCCAGAACUCAAAUUUCAUAUGUUUUGGAUCCACACACUGCGGUUGGUGUAGCAGCGGCUGAUAAGCAAAAGAUUUCUUCGAAUACAUAUCAAAUUUGUCUUGCAACAGCACAUCCAGCAAAAUUUUCAGCGGCCGUUGAAGAAUCAUUAAAAUCAUUUAAUGAAUUCAAAUUUCAAGAAAUUUUGCCAACAGAGUUCGUUGGGCUAUUGGAAAGGGAAAAAAGAUGCGUGUAUGUAGAAAGAGCUGAUCCCGAAAUGGUUAAAAAAGUUAUUGAAAGCGA